AUGAGAAAUUCAAAUGCUGAUUAAAAUGUAGGAUAUUCAGAGUAUUUAAGUUGUCGCUUAUAGAAAAAUAAUCAAUCUGUAAUUAAAUGUGGAGAUUUGGGUAUAGAUAAAUAAUUAAAGGGAGCAGGAUUUAAGACAAGUGGAGAGAAUAUGAUAGAACUAAGAUUGUGCUUGAAAGAUUAGAUUUUAGAAGUGUUAGAUUAUCCUAAUUAUGAGUAUAAGCUAGGAUUACAGGAUAAAUAUAAAGAGAAGCUUACAUAAUUUGAUGAUCUAAGAUUUUAUCUUGGUACUUAUUUUUAAGGAAGCAAAUUAAUUUUAAUGGAUGUAAAAAUAGUGAAUGAGUUUGUAUAUUGA